AUGAUUGCGGCAGAAGAGGAGAGUCUUGCGGAAUCAUUUAUGAGCAAGGUAGAAACUAUGGAGCAAGAAGAUGGUGAAGUCAGCGAUGCGUCCAACUGUGAUACAGCGAAUGAUGAAGGUGAAAUAGUGGAUCAGCAAACGAGCAAAUCAAACCAUAAAGAGGAUGAUAUGCUACUAAAGACAGACGUUAAUGUUUCGAAGAAAACAGCUCUUGAAAAAUUAAAGAAUAUGAGUUUUAGUUCCAGAUCGAAACUUCCUGUACGGAGUUCAUCAGUGGAACGACGAGAGAGAGAAAGAAAAGAACGACAAACUCUCACAAUAUCGAAACUGCAACAUUCACCUCGUCGUGACAACGAUGAAGAAAGACGGCAAAGAAAAAGGCGUUGGGAAGAACGAAAUGAUGAGCAGGAACGUCAUCAGACACUUGUUGAAGAACGACCUAGGCCAUUGAGGGAGGCUGUUGCUGCUUCCCACGCGACACCAUUGCCAAUAAGUAAAGCUUUGGACACAGCUCGUCCUAAUGAUCAGCCUCAUACUUUGCGUCAACGCGUCGAAAAAGUCAUCAGUGUCCAGGAGAGCGAGGCUAUUAACAUGUCCGACAAAGAACUCAGAAAUUUGAUAGCACGAAUGUGUGAACUCAGUAAAGAGCAGCAACGAUUACAGCGAGGUCGACAAACUCAAUUUGAUACACUACGAGAAAUAUAUAUGGAGGUAAAGGAUGAUAUUGAGAAACUAUACAUCCGCGUUCCGGUGCAUUUGCGAAUGGAUCUUCCGCUUCCACCUCAAACCCUACAUCCUUCUGCUUCAUCAUCUGGCGGUCCAUUACAAAUGAACGGAGGAACGACUACUUUUCAACUGGAACAACGGUUCCGGUUACCAAGCCUUUUUGACCCACCUCAGAUUGUUACAAGUGCAAACAUGCGGCUGAAUUCUGGUAAUGAUCCUGAAAUCACCGUGCGGAGUGAAGAAGAAUGCGCUGGAGGACGAAUGGGAUUCGGUGAAGUCGGAAAUAUCUCUAGCCCUCGGAGGGUGUUGAGUGGUGGGAAUGGGGCAAUUUACAGUGGUGGAUUGAAUGAACACGGAAUGUUCGAAGAUAUAAGUCGAAUUGGAUUGGGGAGUGGUGGUACAUUGCUAAGGAAUGAUGGUGGAUCAAAUCCAACUACUGCUGUGGAGCGUGCACCUCAUACAGGUUCAAGUUUGGAGCCGACGGUACAUUCCGCCAACCGUAAAAAACUGCCGUUUUCUAGCUUAAACGGUCCUGCCAACUUAGAUCAGUCUGCUUCAAUGAUUCCUUCGACGAGCACAUAUGAUUUUGGUCCUAAGCCACUAUUCAACAAGUUAGACUUCAGCGAUGAUAGUUCCAGAUUUUCUGGAAGCAAACCUUCACAUGAUCUGCUACCUCAGAUGAGUAGCUUUAGCGAUCGCCCAAUGCCACUAAUGAGCUUUGGUAAUACAGCUAGUUCAAAUCAGGUAUCUCAUUCCAUGGGACUACAAAUCUGCGACACUCCGGACAAAUCAACAAGCUCAACGUAUACUGCAACGCAGACAAAUGCUUUAAACAAAAUAGAACCUGGAGUUCCAGAGAAUGAUGGUGGCAUACGAGCAGUAAAUCAGCACUGCUUCAUGCACUCGGGAUCACAAGGCCCGACUAGUUUCAUCCGUCCGAAUAAGACCCCUUCUCCAAUGUCUGAUUUUGCUUCGAAUGUUUCAUUGAGGGCAGUGUCGAGUUCAGUGGAUACCGACAGUGCACUGUGUAUCACAUAUCAUGAAAGUCUUAUUCAUUUGAAAUCGAGCGAGAUUCAAAGCAGCUCGCAAGUACCUCUUCCGAAUCUCUCCGAGCCACCUCCACCUUUUGGCACAGCUCCUAUAAAUUGUCCAGCUGUAUUGUCGAAUACGAUUCUUUUGAAUACGAUGCGAAGUUCGAAUAUUGUGCCACGGCAAACAGUACCAGUACCAACUGGUUCUGCUCCAGCAUAUCCUUCAGAGCAUGCAGUUGGUACCAUUCAACAACUUUCUUCGACUUCCACCAGUGUUUUGCCUGGGAACAACAAUGCUUCACAGAAUUUACAACCACAACCCGGGAACGCUGCUGUUGCCGCUGCACAGCCAUUAAUGUCAUUACAUUCCGGAUCAUCUACAGUUAGCGUUCCACCUCCGGACUUUUCGGUUCCUCCACCAAUAGCGCUGACUGCAAGAACAAAUGUUGCUACAUCUAUAACUACUAAUCUAUUAAAUCAUAUCGAGCCAACCAGUUCAGCUGAUUCAAGGACAGGACCUUCUUCAAACCCAGCUGUCCAGAGAAGUUUGUCACAUAUGAAGGGAGGAGUAUUAACGAAUAGUACUGUACUGACUGGUUUACCUUCAAUGAAUAUCCCACCACCUUCCUUUACGAUACCACCUCCUCGAGUACCAAAUGUCGGCCCCGUAUUUCCUACCCCUCCACCGAUGGCUGUUGGUGGAAUAACUUCGGGACCGAGACCUAAUUUGGUAUCUCCUAUGGCUGCGCCACCACCAAAUCUCAUGUCAGGACCAAUAAGUUUAAGCUGUCCACCACCUGAUAUGUCUCAACCUCCUCCUAACAUCCGUGGUACGCUGAGAGCGAGCAAUGCAGAAAGUGUUCAACAGAUGGUCAAUGCGGUGGUUGGUCAAUCUACCGUGAGUAGCCAGACACCUGUAGAAGUUGUAACAGAAUUAAUUGCAAAUGUUUACAAUAGAGCUGGAGGCGUCAGGCUUCACCACGAUGCAUCAUUAAAGCAGCGAAUGUCAGUGGCCACGGAAAACACCGCCAUGAUGAACAAAAUGAGAACUCCUGUGCCCGCCGGACCGCCAAGGCCACUUUCUUCGGUAGGUAAGCUACCACCACCGCUCAUGCUUUCAACUGGAACUCGUGGUGGUCCGGUUUCCAGAAUUUCCAGUUUUAACAAGCGAAAAGGAUUACAAAUUCGACCGUCAUCAACUCGUUUGCAACAGCGUCAAAAGCGACAAAUCAGCGAUAUGGUAGCCAUCAUUCCGGAUGAACAUGACCAUCCCAGUUCACGCGAAGAGCCAGAUGACAAUAUUUUUCUGAUAGUGUCUGAUGAAGAGGAUGGCAACAAGUAG